GCCAUGAACGCUGCUGUGCAACUGUUCAUCAACGAUCCGGGGGCUUGCAGGCCAAAGGAGCAGAUGACAGACAGUGACUGGUGGCUCCUGGUGAAAGGUAUUUCCUCAAAGCAGUCGACAAGCCAGGAGGUCUAUCGCCUGUACAUGCAGGUGGCUGCUGGAUCCUUUGUUGAGCAAGGCAAGGUGGAGCUGGCUGUGUUGACGCAAACCAGCACGCGUGAACUGAAUUAUUUGACUCAGGGAUCCAGGGCGAGUGGCAUCCCAGCUCCGCCCACCCAGGAGACUUUCACACGGCUGUUGUCCUUGACUGACACCUGGGCCAGCCUGACUGGGAUUCUCGACGAGUCCCUGGCCAUGGAGCAGCUCCCA